AUGGUGGUGCUUUUGAUGCCACUUGUUUUUGUGGCAGUCCUGCUCCUCGCAAAAUGGUUCUCACAGCCUAGAAAGACGUCGCCUUACCACGGCAAGGGCUCCCCGUCCUUCCUCGGUAACGCGCCCGACUAUGCAGCCAGCCCCGUUUCGCUCAUCCGUGAGGCGGGAGUGCGAUGCGGAAGCGCCCUCUCAGUCCAACUACAAAUGAUCUACAACUGUUUACUUCGUACUACGAAGCUCGACGUGGUUCAUCUCGACGUUUCGGAGAAUGCCCCUUCAUUCUGCCAUGGAAUGGGCGCAUUUCUCAACAAGACUGUCGAUCUAGAAUACACGAAAAACAGCAAGGCCAUGGUCGGAUCUUUCCCCCGGUACAUGGGCCGCGCCGAGGCGCAGGAGCACACGGCCAGAUGCACCACUGGGGAGACGCACAGUAGCGCGCUGGAGUGGACGACGAGGAGCGACGUCGAGCUAUUCGCCGGGGUCUCGGAGCUGACGCACAACGUUCUUGUGAGAAGCCUGAUGGGCGACGACUUUUGCGAGUCGGGCGACGAGCUCCUGGGCCUCGUGCGGUCGAUGGAGCGCGACGCCGGCGAUUUCUGGUGCUCGGCGCUUCCUGACUGGGCGCCCUACCCGCCCGCUCGACGCCUGCGCCGUGCUCGCGAGCGGGUCGGGGAGAUCUUCUUGGAAAGGCUCGGCCAGAGACACGUGGAUGCGAAGAACGGCGAGCUCCGGUCCGACCUGCCGGACUACAUCACGUACAUGCUACACGACAGGAGCACGGCGCCGCUAAGGCAUUGCUUCGCUUCUCAUCACACCGUCCUCAUGUUGGCUUCCGAUACCUCGACCGCUGCCGUGAUUUCGUGGGCUGUCGUUUGCCUUCUGCGCCACCCGGACGUCAUGGCCGCCGUCAAGAGGGAUGCUCGGAGCGGGGCGGGCGACUCCGCGCUGCUCCAGGCCUGCAUCAAGGAGACGACGCGUCACUACAAUGCAAUGAAGCGCUCCCGGGCGGCGGCGGCGGCGGCGCCGCUGAAGCACGAGGACUCCGAAAGCUACCCGAACUUCGACACCUGGAUGCCCGGACGCUGGCUCAACGCCGAGAACAAGCUGGUCGACCUCGGGGACAGGUGCGCGGUCCUCGGCAGCGGAGGCCGCCGGUGCCCCGGCGAGGGGAUGGCCGCCAUCGUCGUCACCCAGACUCUGGCCACUCUUCUUCGCUGCUACGACAUCGGAUGGGUGACCCCAGACCAACCUCGGACUGUGCGUUUCGACGAUCUCGACUUUGACAGGCUUGGCUCGCCAUGGCUCAGGAGCGGUCUGAGGGUGAAGGUCUCUAGGCGAGUGUGGCCCGAGUUGAUGGGUGGAUGCUGA